AUGGCCUCUCCCUCGAUCGAUCUGGAGGUCUCUCCCAACCCUCGUACGCGAGAGGAGAAUCAAGAACGGGCUUUUAUUGCGGCGUCUAGACGCAAAGAUCGCAGUCUCGACGCUCGGGUGGAGUCGGCCAACCGGGCUUCUGCUCUGCACAAGCAGCGCACCGGCAAAGGUCUUCUCAUCACCCGAGAGAUCGUCGAGAAGGAAGCGAUGUACGAAGAAGUGGAUGACCGCUACCAAGAGAAAAUCAACCGCAUGCUUCAGGCACAGAACAUGCAGAUCCAAGACCAAUUCCAUCAUCACGUCCUCGCGGCGCUGGCCGCUCGUCCGUCACAGCAGGGCAUUCAGCAACGUCGAGCUGCCAACAUGACUCCCCGCGCCUCGAUGGGCGGCGGCAUCCGCAAGAUGAGUCUGGAUCUCUCUAGCAUGCGCUCGUCCAUCUCGGAGGGCAUGAACGGGAGCCCUGCCACCAGCCCCGUCGUGGUAAGCCACAGCCAAAGCAACAAUAAUAGCUACAUGAUGUCCCCCACAUACGACGGGAGUAACUCGCCGUCGUAUCCCGAGGUGGUCCCUGGCUCGACGGGCCAGAUCCCAUCCUACAUCGCCGCUGCUACGCCUCAACCGGGGCCCGCCGUAUGGCAGGCGCAAGCCUUCGGCCCGCCCUCAUUCCGGUCCCCCUGGGCAGGUUUCCAACCCUCCCCGAUGCCGUCUCUGACAGGGGACAUGGGGAUGCCCGUUCGGCAGCAGUUCAGGGAUCGUAUGGGCUCAGCGCCCGUCAUCCCCGUGCAUGGGUUGCCCUCGGCGUCCCUCCAGCCGGGGCCCAGACCUAUGUCCCAACAUACUCGUGUCCGAUCCGAACCCCAACGAUUCCCAUCCGGGACGACGUCGCCCCAGGUUGAGCUGGUGGGCACCGAACCUCUCCCGACCCCUGAUCUCUGUCCCACCCCCAGCACUCCUCACUCGCCCACCUCUACCAACCGGAACCCGGACAUGAUGGGGCUCGAGACCCUGGGCAAGGAGGACGAGGGAGGUAUCCCCUUUUCGCACGACGGAAUCGAUCCGGAUUAUGCCGAUUUCAGCCAGUUUGCAUUUACCUUGACCAACACUCCGCCCAUGACCGAGGGGGACUUCAAAUUCGAAGAUUUGGUUGCAUUCGAUGAUUUCCCCAUCACCGCAUGA